AUGGUGCAGGGAACCCGACCCCUCGGCAGGCCAGAAGGUGCUUCCGUUGAGGUCGAGGCUGACUCCGAGGCUAGUGGCGCACGGCGUAGCAUCUUUUCGAAGACGAAGAUGUGUAAGUUCCACCUGUUGGGUGUUUGUGCAAAGGGCAGCUCCUGCAUCUUUGCGCAUUGCAGGGACGAGUUGAGACCAGCUCCUGACCUUUUGCGCACCAAGAUUUGCAAGACUUUGAUCAACACAGGUGCAUGCCAUGAUCCGCAAUGCAGGUUUGCGCACAACCGCGACGAGCUUCGAAGCGCCAGUUUCGGCCGCGUCCCAUCACCCAGGGGACCGCACCAGCGACUCCAAAGAGAGCCCACAGAGAUUUGCUAUGCGGUGCCAGACAGAUAUCCGGCCCAGGUGGCCCUGCAGUUGCCGAUCCCCGCCAUUGGUCAGGCCUUUCAACUGGCUUAUGCUCCCGUGGCUGUGCCCGUGAGCUUUGUUGCUACUGCCUGGGCCGGGGAAGGACCAAAGCAGAAGCCCCAAUGCAGGGGCAAGGUCUCCCGGUCACGCAUGUUCUCCAUGGAUCGAAAGGCGGCUGAGCUGCUCAGCCAACAAUCCACCGACGACCAAAUCAGCACAACUUUCUACGACAGCGUCACGGACAGCCCUCCGUCCACGGAAAGGUGUGCUCCAGGGACAGAGGCAGCGGAAUCGUUGGAUACAGACGAGGAGCUGCUAUACUGUUCUCACGACUUUCAGGUAUCUGCAGGCACCAAGGCCUCGGCGUGCUGA